AUGGAGAUCAUCGACGCUGAGCUGCGGCUCGGCCCGCCGGGCAGCGGCGGCGGCGGCGACGCGCAGAAGAAACGGUCGUCGUCGACAGUGGCACUCGCGGCCACCAGCGAGGCCUCCGGGACCGACGACCACGACGCCGCGCCGGCCUCCAAGGUUCAGGUGGUUGGGUGGCCGCCGGUGGGGGCGUACCGGAAGAGCACGUUCCAGUCGGCGUCGGCGUCGGCGGCGAAGGAGAGUAAAGGCCCUGGAGAGGCCGGGAAGAGAGGGAGGCUGUACGUGAAGGUGAGCAUGGACGGGGCGCCCUACCUGCGGAAGGUGGACCUGCGGACGUACGGGGGGUACGGGGAGCUGCGGGCCGCGUUGGACGCGCUCUUCGGCUGCUUCUCCUCCUGCUCUUCGCCGGACAACGGCCAGUUCGCCAUGGCCUACGAGGACAAGGACGGCGACCUCAUGCUCGCCGGCGACGUCCCGUGGGACAUGUUCAUCUCCUCCUGCAAGAGGCUGAGGAUAAUGAGAAGCUCCGAAGCACGAUGA